CGGAGUGUGGAAGGGUCUGUGUCACUGUUGCGUUACAAAUCCCUCCCCCCCCCCAAGUUAUCAAUGUGGUGUUUACAAACAUUUGAAUGAUAUUACAGUGCAUCGCCCGAGUGCCAGUUGGAUCUAAUUCGAGUCCCGGUGCUAGACGUAAGCAUGCGAAGACCUGGGACUUGGUUUAAUUAAAGUGAAGCAUCUGUCAGCUGAUGUAAGUGAAAUGUUUGAACGUCUUCUCGUUUGAAAUUAAACAGCAAUAUCCUCGGUGACACACAAGAACUAGCAAGUUAUAAUGAAGAUAAAUCAGUCGGGGCUGUCAGCGUGAAAUGAACGCAGAAUCUGUUGGUCGUGCACCCUUGGGAAAGUGAAGUCGACCAGCGCCGUCGGCCGAGACCCGCGGCUACCUCCGAGAAUAGCACACGCGGUCCCUCCAUGUUGGCCGGUCCUCCAGCAGGCAGCGGUGGCCUGCUUCAACAGAUGACUCCCGAGUUGCCAUCGAGCGUCGCGAUGCAUCACUUCCAACAAUCCGUACCACAACACUCACCGCCGCCCGGAGGCAGCAUGAGUCCGUUAUUACCAAGUUUCGGUUUCACUCAGGAACAAGUUGCGUGCGUGUGCGAGGUGCUCCAACAAUCGGGCAACAUCGAGCGUCUAGGCCGAUUCCUGUGGUCACUUCCGGCCUGUGAGAAACUGCAUAAGAAUGAGAGUGUCCUAAAGGCCAAGGCAAUUGUCGCGUUCCACCGGGGAAAUUUUAAGGAACUGUACCGUAUUCUGGAAACGAACCAGUUCUCCGCCCACAACCACCCCAAGUUGCAGGCGCUGUGGCUCAAGGCGCACUACGUCGAGGCAGAGAAGCUGAGAGGAAGGCCUCUGGGAGCCGUGGGCAAGUACAGAGUUCGACGGAAGUUCCCGCUACCGAGAACCAUCUGGGACGGAGAGGAGACGAGCUACUGCUUCAAAGAGAAGUCCAGGUCGGUCCUGAGGGAUUGGUACACCCAUAACCCGUAUCCCAGCCCCAGAGAGAAGAGGGAGCUUGCAGAGGCUACUGGUCUCACCACGACACAAGUCUCCAACUGGUUUAAGAACCGUCGACAACGAGACAGGGCCGCGGAACAAAAGGACGGCUCCGGCCGGAGUUCAUCUGCGUGUGAUAACGACAAGGGAGCCGCGGCAGGACCGAGCUCUGCUCUGGAUUCCAGCUCAGAGUCCGUGGACGGCGAUCAGAAACCCCCAUCGGGACUCGACCACCCGACCUCCCAGGCCAUGCUUGCUCAGGAUCCAGUUCCUCAUCACGGCACAGAACUUUUCAGCAGCGAGCUGAAGCCCAGUGUGACCAGUCUUCAAGCUACUGUCAUGUCUAACGCAACGCUGGCUGCAGCGGCUGCGUACCAAUCACAACUAGGUCUGGCUAACGCAAGGGCUGGCGUCAGUCCAAUAGCAGACCAGCAAGCAAGUAGUUCUCUUACGCACCACCAUCACCACGGAGAUGCGGCGCUGCUCCACGACUAUCACUCUUUGUGACAGUGGGUGGCUGGCUACGGUUAUAGCCAGUGAGAAGAAUGUUGAUAUCUCUUUUAUGUAUCAUCACAAGGGACAUAACGUAGUGGAAACGUUUUAAAAUGAGUUGACCUCAAUUUCUAUUCCAUCGCUAGUAAGUUAGUCGAAAAUUUUGUUGUUCCGUUUGUGUUUGUAACGAAUGUUACCAGACUUAAAACCACUAAAUGAAUGGGUAGUCAAUUUGGCAAUGCAGAAUAUGUACGUCUUAAUCUAGCCUCUUCUGAUAGCUUUUAAUGCAAGGAUGCACAUC